AGGCGAGGCGAGCUUGGAAACCUCGAGCAUUUCCCUCCCCCUCAUUUUUUGCGACAGUUGCAGCGAAAGUCACGGCAGUGGAGGCUGGUGUCAGCUGAUUUACCGCAGCGGCGGCGGCGGGGGUGUCAGUAGCUUCACCCUGCAGCUCCGGUGGGGAGCGGUGGCUGGGCCGGGGUUUUGGUCCUUAAGGUUUUCCCACCGGCAUUUUCCCAAUACACAGUCGCCUUAGAUACGUCCUUGCUUUGUGCUCCUUUGCCGGGGCGUCUACCUGUGCUCCGACAGACAACAUCACCGCAGGAGAUGAAGCUGUGACAGAUGGGGAGGCUGAGACCCAGCGGGGCCACCUGUUCAAGAUCGCACAGACGAGCCAGGACUUGAGUGCAGUUCUUUCGACUGUUUCAAAACACAAUGGCAGGAAACAGCCUUGUUCUGCCCAUCGUUCUCUGGGGCCGCAGGGCACCCACACAUUGCAUCUCAGCGGUGCUCUUAACAGACGACGGGACCACGGUCGUAACCGGAUGCCACGACGGCCAGAUAUGUCUCUGGGAUCUUUCAGCAGAAUUGGAAGUUAACCCCCGAGCACUGUUGUUUGGUCACACGGCUUCAAUCACCUGCUUGUCUAGAGCAUGCGCUUCUGGUGACAAACAGUAUAUUGUGAGCGCGUCCGCUAGUGGAGAGAUGUGUCUCUGGGAUGUGAAUGAUGGCAGAUGCAUCGAAUUCACAAAAUUAGCCUGCACACACACUGGUAUACAGUUCUACCAGUUCUCUGUGGGAAAUCAGAGAGAAGGGAGGCUGUUGUGCCACGGCCACUACCCUGAAAUCCUUGUGGUGGAUGCCACCAGCCUGGAGGUGUUGUACUCCUUAGUGUCAAAGAUCUCUCCGGACUGGAUUAGCUCCAUGAGUGUCAUUCGAUCCUGCCGAACACAAGAGGACACCGUGGUAGCCCUCUCAGUGACGGGCAUCUUGAAGGUGUGGAUUGUUACCUCUGACGUGAGUGGCAUGCAGGAUACUGAGCCAAUAUUUGAGGAAGAAUCCAAACCAAUUUAUUGUCAGAAUUGCCAAAGCAUCUCUUUCUGUGCAUUCACACAAAGGUCGCUUUUGGUUGUGUGCUCCAAAUAUUGGAGGGUGUUUGAUGCUGGAGACUACUCCCUGCUGUGCUCCGGUCCCAGUGAGGACGGGCAGACGUGGACCGGAGGCGACUUUGUGUCGGCAGAGAAAGUGAUCAUCUGGACCGAAAAUGGGCAGAGUUACAUUUACAAACUCCCUGCCAGUUGCCUUCCAGCUAGUGAUUCUUUCCGCAGCGAUGUAGGGAAAGCGGUUGAAAAUUUAAUUCCUCCUGUACAACAUAGCCUCUUGGCUCGAACAGAUAAAGAGUUGCUCAUUUGUCCUCCUGUUACUCGGUUCUUCUGUGGACCCAGGGAGCUCUCCCACAAACUGUUAAUUCAGGGAGAUUCUUCUGGAAGAUUGAAUAUUUGGGACAUAUCAGACACUCCUGAUAAACAGGAAGGUAAAGAAGGAUUGGAUAUAACAACUUCCAUUAGUCUGCAAGAGGCAUUUGAUAAGCUCAUUCCUUGUCCUGCUGGAAUUAUAGAUCAGCUGAGUGUGAUUCCCAAUAGUAACGACCCUCUUAAAGUGACCGCGAGUGUGUACAUACCAGCACACGGACGACUCGUGUGUGGCCGGGAAGACGGAAGCAUCGUCAUUGUGCCGGCCACCCAGACAGCCAUCGUGCAGCUGCUGCAGGGGGAACACAUGCUCCGAAGAGGUUGGCCACCUCACAGAACUCUCCGUGGUCAUCGGAACAAAGUCACAUGUUUGCUAUAUCCUCAUCAGGUCUCAGCUCGCUACGACCAAAGACACCUGGUAUCUGGAGGUGUGGAUUUUUCGGUCAUAAUUUGGGACAUAUUUUCUGGAGAAAUGAAACACAUCUUCUGUGUACAUGGUGGCGAGAUUACUCAACUCCUAGUUCCACCUGAAAACUGCAGUGCAAGAGUGCAGCAUUGCGUCUGCUCUGUGGCCAGUGACCACUCAGUGGGACUCCUGAGUCUGCGAGAGAAAAAAUGCAUUAUGCUGGCGUCUCGUCAUCUUUUCCCCAUUCAAGUGAUUAAGUGGAGGCCGUCUGACGAUUACCUGGUAGUGGGGUGCUCAGAUGGCUCUGUGUACGUCUGGCAGAUGGACACUGGCGCCUUGGACCGUUGCGUGAUGGGCAUUACAGCCGUAGAGAUACUGAAUGCUUGUGACGAAGCAGUCCCUGCCGCGGUGGACUCGCUCAGCCACCCCGCGGUCAACCUCAAGCAAGCCAUGACCAGGCGCAGCCUGGCCGCUCUGAAAAACAUGGCCCACCACAAGCUGCAGACCCUGGCGACGAAUCUCCUGGCCUCCGAGGCGUCCGACAAGGGAAAUUUGCCUAAAUAUUCCCACAACUCCCUGAUGGUUCAGGCAAUAAAGACCAACCUGACAGACCCCGACGUGCACGUGCUGUUCUUCGACGUGGAGGCUCUGAUCAUCCAGCUCCUGACCGAGGAGGCCUCCAGGCCGAGCGCGGCGCUCAUCUCCCCGGAGAACCUGCAGAAAGCAUCCGGCAGGGCCGACAAAGGGGGCUCCUUCCUGACUGGGAAGCGAGCCGCCGUCCUCUUCCAGCAAGUGAAAGAAACCAUCAGAGAGAACAUAAAGGAGCACCUCCUGGAUGACGAAGAGGAGGAUGAGGAGGCAAUGAGGCAGAGAAGGGAGGAGAGUGACCCUGAGUACCGGGCCAGCAAGUCCAAGCCGCUGACCCUGUUGGAAUACAACUUGACCAUGGACACGGCCAAGCUGUUUAUGUCCUGCCUGCACGCCUGGGGCUUGAACGACGUUCUGGACGAAGUCUGUCUUGACCGCCUGGGCAUGCUGAGACCCCACUGCCCCGUGUCCUUCGGCCUCUUGUCCAGGGGAGGUCACAUGUCGCUGAUGCUUCCUGGGUAUAAUCGGGCCGCGGGCCAACUGUCCCACGGGAAGACAGAAGUGGAGAGGAAGCUCCCGGCGGCAGAGGGGGUGGGGAGGGGCACUUACGGGGUGUCUCGGGCCGUCACCACACAGCACCUCCUGUCUGUCAUAUCUUUGGCAAACACCCUGAUGAGCAUGACCAACGCAACUUUCAUCGGCGACCAUAUGAAGAAGGGCCCUGCCAGGCCACCCAGACCAAGCACCCCAGAGCUUUCUAGGGCACGGGGGUCCCCUCCAACUUCCAGAAAUAUUGUGCAAGGACAAAUUAAACAAGUUCCUGCAUCUGUCGCUUCUGCUCGGUCUGACGCCGACCACUCCGGCUCUGGCCCCACCUCUGCUCCUGCUUUACACACCUGUUUCUUAGUAAAUGAAGGAUGGAGCCAGCUGGCCGCUAUGCACUGUGUUAUGCUGCCGGACCUGCUGGGGCUGGACAAGUUCAGGCCCCCGCUUCUGGAGAUGCUUGCUCGGAGAUGGCAGGACCGGUGCUUGGAGGUCAGAGAGGCUGCGCAGGCCCUGCUUCUGGCCGAGCUGCGGAGAAUCGAGCAGGCGGGCCGGAAGGAAGCCAUUGAUGCCUGGGCCCCGUACUUACCCCAGUACAUGGACCACGUUGUGUCGCCUGGGGUCUCAGCCGAAGCCAUGCAGACGGUCACCACGGCUCCAGACACCACCUCGGGGACUGAGGCCAAAGUCCAAGAGGAAGAGCACGACCUUGUCGAUGACGACAUCACAGCUGGUUGUUUAUCAAGCAUCCCACAAAUGAAAAAAAUUUCUACAUCUUAUGAGGAAAGAAGGAAACAAGCUACAGCUAUUGUUUUACUGGGCGUGAUAGGAGCUGAAUUUGGUGCCGAAAUCGAGCCUCCUAAACUAUUGACCAGACCGCGAAGCUCUAGUCAAAUUCCUGAGGGAUUUGGUUUGACCAGUGGUGGAUCCAACUACUCCUUGGCCAGACACACUUGCAAAGCACUGACGUUUCUUCUGCUGCAGCCCCCGAGCCCCAAACUGCCUCCGCACAGUACUAUCCGGAGGACGGCAACCGAUCUGAUUGGACGCGGGUUCACAGUGUGGGAGCCCUACAUGGACGUGUCCGCCGUCCUGAUGGGGCUUCUAGAACUUUGUGCUGAUGCCGAGAAACAGCUGGCCAACAUCACAAUGGGGCUGCCUCUGAGCCCAGCAGCUGACUCCGCCCGCUCAGCGAGGCAUGCCCUCUCGCUCAUUGCCACGGCCAGACCACCCGCCUUCAUCACCACCAUCGCCAAGGAGGUCCACAGACACACGGCCCUCGCAGCCAACACCCAAUCGCAGCAGAAUAUGCACACAACGACGCUCGCCCGCGCCAAAGGGGAGAUUCUGAGAGUCAUUGAAAUUCUCAUUGAAAAGAUGCCCACAGAUGUUGUGGAUCUGCUCGUGGAGGUCAUGGACAUCAUCAUGUACUGCCUGGAAGGGUCUCUGGUGAAGAAGAAGGGCCUCCAGGAGUGUUUCCCAGCCAUCUGCAGGUUCUACAUGGUCAGCUACUACGAGCGGAGUCACAGGAUCGCAGUGGGGGCACGCAGUGGCUCAGUGGCCCUGUACGACAUCCGCACUGGAAAGUGUCAGACGAUCCAUGGACACAAGGGACCGAUCACCGCCGUGGCCUUCGCUCCUGAUGGGCGCUAUCUCGCCACCUACUCAAACACUGAUAGCCACAUCUCCUUCUGGCAGAUGAACACCUCUCUGCUGGGAAGCAUCGGCAUGCUGAACUCGGCCCCUCAGCUGCGCUGUCUGAAAACCUACCAGGUGCCCCCCGUGCAGCCGGCCUCCCCCGGCCCCCACAACGCCCUCAGACUGGCGCGUCUCAUCUGGACUUCCAACCGCAACGUCAUCCUGAUGGCCCACGACGGGAAGGAGCACCGCUUCAUGGUCUGAGGCUGGCGUCGCCGGCCUGCGUCUCGGCGCUUUCUGUUCCCCACACCAAGAUCCCUCUGUCCUUGUGCUGGGGCUGGGUCACUUGUCCGUGCCUGGCUGCCCACCCGGGGCUUUCCAGGGGCACGGCCAGCUCUGUGUCACUUCUGCAUGGUCCAGAACAGACGCCUGCUCCUGCCACCUCCGGGUUCAGAGGCACGCACAGAGCACUCUGCAGGCUGUGGCCCUUCUGUCACUAGGUCACUGUCCUGCCCCAGAGGGAGGGGUAGCCAGCGGUCCCUGGGAGCACUCCCGUGGCUUGUGCAGCCGAGCCUGAAAAUCAAUAAACACCAUGAUCACAGCCCAGCCCAGAUGGGCGUUUUCCUCCCACCGAACCCCCUUUCUGAAGUGCUGCCCCAGCCUGCCCAUUCUGACUGGGUUUGAGGUCACAUGGCAGUCCUGAUUGUCAGAAUUAUUUUCCUUUGCAUUUCCUAAAACAUACUAUUGUUUACCAAGAAGAUUCUGUGUUUACAUGGGUUUUUUCCUUCAGCUGAUUGUUAGGAAAUUGCUCAAUCGAUUUCCUAGGGUGUAGCCACUACCUUCUUUAUCAAUAAUACCUAACUGAUCUGAGAUUAAUGAGAAUAUAUUUAAAAAAACACAUUUUUCCUUGUGGAAAACACAGUUUCCCAGACACCUAGCAUUCUAAAAUGCUCAUAUCCUGCUUAAUGUUGGUGUAUUUAGUAGUUUAAAAAUAAAAUCAUCUCUGCUGAUGAUCUAGUUAAUAUCAUUAUCCAGUCGCUAUAACUAAUGUCUUGAACAGACCUUUGUAAUAAAGAACCAAGUCUGGAAGCAUAACACAUGCCUGACAAGCAGGCAGCUGUGUCUGUCACUACAGACCUUUUUAAGAAAGAGCUCCCCCCCCCCCCCAGAAACUGUGCAGACCUGCAGUCCCCUGCUAGGACUUACGUCCACUACCAUGUAACAAUUCAGCCUUCAAACCACUACUGACCAAUCAAAGGGAAACGAAGGCAGCAUUUCUUUCAAACGGGCGUCCUGGCACAUCAGCGACAGGGGUGCAGCGUCCGGGAGCAUGUGCGGCAGUGUGCGGCUCCAUCGGCCUGAGCAAAGCCGCCCUGAGUAUUCAUCACAUGUUGGAGUCGGCUCUAAUGAGGUGGCUUUUCCUGGUGCCCAGACUGCUGGCUCCUGCUCAUAGUAAUGGGGGUGGGAUCCAUAAAAUAAUAGUUUGUAUGAACUGCUCCUAACAAACCUCGAUCUGCAUAUAGCUGGGGAUUUGGUUGGUUGGCCAGCAGAUAACAUGGUUUAUGAAUGCAGAAAUAUAAAGUGAGUUACGAAAUUCAGAGAAAAUGUGUGACGUUUACAGAGGACCCAAAAUGAUAAUGGGAGCACUUAAUUUGAAAAGCGUAGAUGUCAGGGUUUACGGAAUAAAUAAAAGAGUAAGAUCACAGUCCAGGAACAAAUACACCUGUAAUUUUAUUGCAGCAGGUUUUUAAAGACCACUACACCAGAACACCUCUUUCCUCCUGACAUCUACGGUAUGUGGUUUCCGCAGACAGAAAACCUGUGCCUCUCCCUGGGUGCAGACUUUGGGUGUUCUUUCACAAGCGAACUUAUGAACCGUGCAUGUACAUUGUAUCUAUACAGAUUAUAUAUGUCGUUUCCAGGAAGAAACCAAGAACUAUACAGUGUAGGCUUUACUUGCGUGCUGAACACACUGCUGUUUGGCUGUGGGUAGAGAAACCUGAGGCCUCCCAAGUCCUCACGAGACCCAGCACGUGUUUGCUUCGUGAACUUGAACGGGGGUUAAUUUAUUCUGGACUACACAGGUGUGUUGGGAUGAUGAAGUGGGAGUACACCUUAGAGAAUUUUUAAAACAAAGUGCUCAGUGCAUCAUCGGGAGAAAGGUGUGAGGCUGCAGGGCAGGCCACCACACACGCACGGAUGGGUGACACACAGCAUGGAGAUCAGAACGACACCGUGAGGCCCGAGGGAGCGGCACACCCACGCAGGGGGCUGGACCAGCCUCUCAUCCGUUGUCUGCAGAGUAGGCAGUUACUGGCCAGUAGAAUAUUCCGAUUGCAAUGCUCUGGGGUGGACGAUGUUCGAGGGUUCGACGGGCGUCUCUAACUGCUGAGCUAAUACCUGCAUUUGUGUUUGCCCAAACCUGCCCUUGGCUGUGCUGACACCCGCCCGGCGUAGAUUUGUGAGCCCGGAGCCCGGCUUUGUGUUGUCAUUCCAGUGCGUGCGUUCAGUGGUUUGUUAAUGUCAUUGGCGCUGUGUUUGGACCUGUCCUCGUAAAUGUGGAGGCAUAUGUGGCUUCAGUGACAGUUUACAAGCAAAAGAUCACGUGACGUGACACCUGUAUGAAAAGGUAACGAUUGAACUCGCUGUGUACAAAGAGUGAAUUAAAGUAUCUGCCUCUCAAGACAUUUCUUGAUGACUCCACUUAAUGAAUAGGCUCUGUGUGUGCUGAGUGUUCCUCUGUAUAUACGUGUGUUAAAUAAAACUGAAUUUUACUGGA